UGUCCGCAGUCUCUGGUCAUCUCCUGUACCGUUCUCCGAUCAUCUCUUGUAUCUUGUCUGCAGUCUCCGAUCAUCUCCUGCAUCUUGUCUGCCGUCUCCGAUCAUCUCUUGUAUCUUGUCUGCAGUCUCCAAUCAUCUCCUGCAUCUUGUCUGCCGUCUCCGAUCAUCUCUUGUAUCUUGUCUGCAGUCUCCAAUCAUCUCCUGCAUCUUGUCUGCCGUCUCCAAUCAUCUCUUGUAUCUUGUCUGCCGUCUCCAAUCAUCUCUUGUAUCUUGUCUGCCGUCUCCGAUCAUCUCUUGUAUCUUGUCUGCCGUCUCCGAUCAUCUCUUGUAUCUUGUCUGCCGUCUCCGAUCAUCUCCUGCAUCUUGUCUGCC